GUUAACUCUCUCUCUCUUUCUCUAUGCUUCAACCUGACGAAUAUUCUUUAUCGCUAUCGUUUUGACGGAAAGAAUUUUAGAACCCUAAUUGAUCCUCACACGAUUUCUGGUGACUGCUUGGUCUUCGUCUCUUGCUGCAUUCUCCGGUGGUCUUGAAGAACUCACUCGCUUCUCUUCCUCGGUCUGGUUUUAACUCAAACUCGAAGAUUCGAUUUGUCCUUUUUAGUUUAAUUUUUCGCGUUCUUUUCAGUUGCUGGCUCUGGCUCUCUCUCCUGAAUCUGCCACGCCAGGGUUUCUCUACAAAACAAAAAAAAAGGGGGGGGAUUUAAAACGAAGAAGGCAGGGAUAAUAAAUGUCUUGAUUUAGCUGCCAAAUUGGGAAUAGCUGGUCUAGAAAGGAUGGUUGGGAACCCAGCCACACCCAUAUCUAAGAUGCAGAGGACUCUGUCAUCCACUCCAGGAGGUACAAAGGUCAGUGAAGAGAAGAUACUAGUCACUGUGCGUGUCAGGCCAUUAAGCCGGAGAGAACAAGCAUUGUAUGAUCUUAUAGCUUGGGACUCCCCAGAUGACCAAACUAUUAUUUUCAAGAAUCCCAAUCAGGAGCGCCUGGCAGCUGCAUAUACCUUUGAUAAAGUUUUUGACUCAAUAUCUUCGACUCAAAAAGUUUAUGAAGAAGGGGCUAAGGAUGUUGCUCUUUCGGCCCUUAUGGGAAUCAACGCAACAAUCUUUGCAUAUGGACAGACUAGCAGCGGUAAGACAUUUACCAUGAGAGGGAUCACUGAAAAUGCUAUAAAAGAUAUCUAUGAGCACAUUCAAAAAACCCAUGAGAGAGAAUUUGUAUUGAAGUUUUCUGCUUUGGAGAUCUAUAAUGAGACUGUUGUAGACCUUUUGAAUCGUGAAUCUAGUUCACUCCGGCUUUUGGACGACCCUGAGAGAGGAACCAUUGUGGAAAAGUUGGUUGAGGAAGUUGUCAAGGACAGCCAGCACCUCAGGCAUUUAAUUGGUAUUUGUGAAGCUCAAAGACAAGUAGGAGAAACUUCUCUAAAUGAUAAAAGCUCAAGAUCACAUCAGAUAAUCCGACUGACUAUUCAGAGUAGUCUCCGGGAAAAUACAGGGUGUUUGAAAUCGUUUUUAGCAAGUUUGAAUCUUGUGGACCUUGCUGGAAGUGAACGUGCAUCUCAAACAAACGCAGAUGGUACGAGAUUGAAGGAAGGCAGCCAUAUAAAUCGUAGCUUGUUAACACUUACAACAGUUAUUAGAAAACUAAGUGGUGGAAAAAGGAGCAGUCACAUUCCGUACAGAGAUUCCAAACUUACAAGAAUAUUACAGACCUCACUUGGUGGUAACGCGCGAACAGCAAUUAUAUGUACUAUGAGUCCAGCAUUAAGUCAUGUGGAGCAAACGAAGAAUACGCUGUCAUUUGCAACCAGUGCAAAGGAAGUUACAAACAGUGCACGAGUGAACAUGGUUGUGGCCGACAAGACUUUAGUCAAGCAUUUGCAAAAGGAGGUGGCCAGACUUGAAGCAGAGCUACGAAGUCCAGAACCUUCUUCAUCAUCAUGUCUAAGGUCUUUACUAACCGAAAAGGACUUGAAAAUUCAGCAGAUGGAGAAGGAAAUAAAUGAGCUGAAGCGCCAGAGAGACCUUGCAGAAGCUCAACUUGAACAAGAAAGGAAAGGGUACAAGGAGCAGAAGGUGUUAAACCAAUCAGGGCCUUCCCACCAAGUAGUUAGGUGUCUUUCUUUUCCAUUCGAGGAUGAAUCAGUUUUGGGUACAAGUACUGCCGAAACUGGGCAAAGGAAUGCUGUUGGAAGGCAGGUGAUUUUGAGGCAGUCAGUUACCUCUGCAGAUCCAUCCAUGCUUGUUCAUGAAAUUCGUAAGCUUGAGCAGCACCAAAGACAGCUAGGGGAGGAAGCAAACCGAGCACUUGAAGUACUUCACAAGGAGAUUUCUUCUCACAGACUGGGAAGCCAAGGGGCUGCUUUAACCAUAGCAAAGCUGAUGUCUGAAAUUAAGGACAUGCAAGUGGUUUGCUCUAUUCCUGAAGAGGUGGUAGUUGGAGACAAGGCCAACUUGAAGGAAGAACUCACUCGAUUGAACUCUCAAGAAAGUACCAUUGCAUCUUUAGAAAGAAAGCUUGAUAAUGUUCAAAAAUCAAUUGACGUAUUGGUUGGUUCCUUUUCUGGAAGCGAAGAAACUCCAGAGUUUAAGACCCAAGUGAAGAAGAAGAAGAAAAAAAUACUUCCUUUUGCAUUGAGCAGCAACGCUAACAUGCAAAAUAUUAUUUGGUCCCCAUGCUCACCUCUGCCCCCAUCUCAGAACAGAACGGAUAAUGAAAUUGAGAACAGGGUGCCUGAUAAUAAUGUUACAGCGUCUAGUGGCAACACAAUGUCCAGGCCUUGUGCCACUACUCCACCAAAGAGUGAUAGGAAUAGCGUCUCAUCAAGGGAGGGAACUCCAGCUUCGCAACAACCAAAUUCAAUUGAUGUAAAGAAAAUGCAGAGGAUGUUCAAGAAUGCUGCCGAGGAGAACAUACGGAGCAUCAGAACUUAUGUUACCGAGUUAAAGGAACGAGUAGCAAAGCUGCAAUACCAAAAGCAGCUUCUGGUUUGCCAGGUACUGGAGAUGGAAGCUAACGAGACAGCAAACGACGAGAUGGAUGUUAGCCAUCAAUCUUCCAUGCCAUGGCACUUAGUUUUUGAGGAUCAGAGGAAACAAAUUAUUAUGCUAUGGCAUUUGUGCCAUGUAUCAAUUAUACAUCGUACACAAUUUUAUUUGUUAUUUAGAGGAGAUCCCGCUGAUCAGAUAUACAUGGAAGUUGAACUCAGAAGGUUGACUUGGUUAGAACAACAUCUGGCAGAGCUUGGAAAUGCAAGCCCAGCUCUCCUAGGCGAUGAUCCGGCAAACUCUGUGUCAUCGAGCAUCAAGGCUCUUAAACAAGAGAGGGAAUACUUGGCAAAGAGAGUGAGCUCAAAACUAACAGCAGAGGAAAGAGAGAUGCUUUAUGCAAAAUGGGAAAUCCCACCAGUUGGCAAGCAGAGAAGAUUGCAACUGCUGAACAAAUUGUGGACUGACCCACUUAACAUGCAGAAUGUAGAGGAGAGUGCUGCAAUCGUGGCGAAGCUCGUAGGAUUUUGUGAAUCUGGGGAGCAUGUUAGCAAGGAGAUGUUUGAGCUGAACUUUGUUAACCCUUGUGAUAAGAAAACAUGGAUGGGAUGGAACUUGAUCUCAAAUCUCGUACAUUAUCUAUAAGUAAGAAACUUUGCAGUUCCACUUCUACUUAUUCUAUGACAAUAAUCCAUGAGACCAUGAGCAUAUUUUGACAGCAACAUGUCUACAGUAAUAAAACCAGUAGCAUAUGCAGCAGUAAGUUA